AUGGCAACUCACCGCGAUAAGAACGACCCCGGGAUGUUACUCAGACUUCCCCUGCUAUCCUCUCCACAGCGCCGCCAAAAAUGCGAUGAAGCAAAGCCGGCUUGCGGCCGCUGUCUACAUGCGGGGAUCGCCUGUGAAUACACAGUCAUUUUAAAAUGGAACGGCCGCGUUCCGAGAGAGGCAAAGUCUUCUGCCAUCGGCUUUAUAUCAGAUUCGACAAGUACCAGCUUGAUUGACCGGUCGAGUAAUCCCAACUUCACACCUUCUGCGCUGGAUAUCGAGCGGCCACUCACUGCUUUAUCCUCACAAACCCAACUUCUACUCCAUCACUUCCUCACAGAGGUGUCCCAGAAUUCCAGCCACGCUUACCUCCGAGAUAAUGAAUGCCAGGACAUUCUCUCGAUGGUCCAUCAUUCCGACUCGCUGAGAUAUGCAGUGAUGGCCAUGUCGGCACUUCACCGCUCCACUCUGGUGAACGGAUUACCCGAUCAAUUCAUACCAGAAGCAACGGUCUUGAAAUUGAUUUCAACGAGUAUCAACUACCUUCGCCGGGACCUCGAGGUACCGGAUUUCCCAAGCCAGCCUCUACUUCAUACUAUUAAAACACUUUGUCACUGUGAGAUAUUCUCGGGGCGCGCCGAUUCAUCGUGGCGGGUUCAUGUCAAUGGUGCUGGUGCUUUUCUUGCAGCAAUGGCUUCACAGCAAGACCCUAACGGUCCUACAUCGGGGUCCUCGUUAUGCUCUCGGUGGUUCUGGUCCAUCCAGGCACUUGCUGCCGUAACGGACUUUGGGUUCCUAUCGGUUCAAACUAUAGGGUCAACCAUGCAAGGUGGUAGUGAUGAUUACUAUUUUGACAUCUAUACCGGCUAUUCUUCAGACCUCAACAUUGCUCUUAUGCAAAUCGGCCUCCUAGCACACCAACGCAGUAUGACCGAGAACAACAGAGAGGAUGACAACGAGUAUCAUGACCAGAUUAGAAGGCUUGAACGCGCGAUUCGGAAUAUGAUCAGCCGUGACCACGAAUUGGGGUUGAAGUUUCCCAUUCAUCAUUCGCUGGAUACCAAAACUACUAAUCAAUUCCGCGCCUGCAAUACAGCUUAUCAAACUGCUAGCUUGAUUCAUCUGUAUAGACGGGUACAAAGUUUACCUACAUUUUGCAUUGAAGUUCAAAGGUGCGUGAGGGAUAUCUUGGAUGCGGUCUGCAUGAUUCUCCCGGUGACGACACUUUCUCCUUGGAUCCUCCUGACCACACCGAUAUAUACAGCCGGCUGCGAAGCUGUUGGGUCAGAUAGGAAGGUGGUCAAGGAUCUUCUUCUGGAACUAUACUCCAAGCUGCACAUACGGAAUAUCAUCAGAGCAAUUGAAAUAUUGGAACAGCGGUGGAGAAUGCUGGACAUCUCCAAGGAUAUACUCUCAGGGCCCGAGGAUAUGAAAACUGCAGGCUUGCUGGACUUUAUACCAUAUUAA